UUUGUAUUGCCACUAAGCCACCUGAAGAUAAUCAAAGAUUGUUUCCAUGGUUAUUGACCAACGUUAUCUCGUUCACGAACUGUGACGAACUUGUAUGUUACUUCCGAUGAGACAAAGUUGGCAGAAUCCAGUCGAGAAUUUGAUCCUAGAAGUGGUCUUGGCUUGAAGAGAAAGAGAGGCAGACCAAAGAAAUCACAAACAAUGGGACCAACUAAGACAUCAAGACAAAAGGGGAACACUGGCUCUAUUUCCUCCUCAGCCACAGAAGAACCAAGUCCUGUGGCGUGCAAUGAUUUCCACACUGCCAAUCAUGCUAUUGCAUGUUCCACACCAAAAAGACGUGGAAGGAAAAAAAAGAAAUUACUAGAAUUAUGUCCAACGUCCACACCUUUUCCUCAAAUUUACGCCACACGUUCUAAGACAUCAGAGGUAGAGUCACCACGCUAUACAACAAGGGCUCAGAGCAGGAAGAGGGGCAUGGAGGUGUUCCAAUCCCAACAGUUUAGAAAAAGACAACCAAUAACUACUUGUUCUCCAGUUAAACGCCGCUGCUUAAGAAAGAACACAAAAGAGUCCAUCACUGCUUUGUCGUCUGAACCCUCACAAUCAAGAUUUGAAACAAAAGAAGACGAGUCAUUGCUCUCACCAGAUCUGAUCAUUGAGAAAAGUGACCAUGAAGAGCUUCUGUCACCUCUUUCUCUCCAAGAGGAUGAGAAAAGUGAUGAAGAUGAGGAGCUGCCAAGCUUCUUGACACAGUCAAGAUCGCCAUCAAUUUCAGAUGGAGAGUUUGUGUGGUGUAAAUAUAGACACUUUCCGAAAUGGCCUGCAUUGGUCAAACGAAUAAAUCACAAAGCAAAAAAGGCUAGCAUUGUUUACAUUGACAAACCAAGCAUUCUGCAGAAAAAGGGGUGUGUUGUACCUCUGAAAUCCCUGACGCCGUUUGACUUUAAAGGAGCUAAGGAGUUGCCGUCUGAAGCCAAAGAAGAACAGUAUGCACCUCUCCUGCAGUGGUCCUUGGAUGUGAUAUUUCACUACGAAAUGCACAUAGCAAUUAACACCUUUUCUGGCUCCUUCAUUGAGUACUUUGCUCACGACACGAGUUAUCCAGUGAGGAGAAAGUACCCGCAGGCUGUCUCUGAAAAACUGCUAACCAAUGCGAGUGAUUCUGUAAUCAAGGAAGAAAACCACUGUAUACCAGUGUAUACAAUUGAAGACUAUGAGACGCAGGAGCAGCCCAUCAACUUUGCCGAGCAGGAGCAGCCAAGAGCGUAUGCCAAGAGAAUUUUGCCAGACCGGACUCAAGCUGCCUACAAUCGCGCCAACGAGAAGUUUGUGGACUACAUUGUAAAGCAGCGCAAGGUUGAAGAACACCUGAAGGCUGUGAUCCGGGGGCAGGUGCAGUCGAAGUGGCUUCAUCUUUUUCAGAAGAAAUCUAAAUCUAAUUCUUCUCCAAUUGUGUAUUACCUCCAAGACGGCACACAAUUAGAAAAGGUGUACCGUUACCUGAGCAAGCUCUACAAGAAGACUGUAAACACAACUCCUUGCCAGCCUGCGUUAAAUUCCAUACAGCGGCUCCUAUUUGUUCCUGAUGUGCUUCUCCAUGAGGCUAUGACCUAUGCCAUCGCUGGGUUGGACAAUGUCUCAGUAACGAAGGCAGAAGAAAAGUACUUAGAAAAACGUUGUCUAAGUAACAGGGAAAGACAAGCGUAUGAUAGAAUGAUUGAGCGGCACUGGAUAAAAGAAUACCAGCAUCCGGACACAACACUUUCCUGAUUGGAGCAAGACUGAUCUGCUGAUUAAACAAGCGUUCUUGAACAUCAAGACUUUUUAAAAAAUUUUAUCACCAUUUGUAACCGCUCCUAACCACUCACACAUUAAGUGCUCAAUGAAAGACUGUUUCACUGUUGUCACUGUGUCUGAUACUGUUUUUGUUGCACUUGUGGUCGGAUUAAUAGACUUAAUGUGAAAUGCCGCCAUUUCACUCAAGGCCUUUCAAAUUAGAAUUAUACAAUAUGAGUGCAAAGUGUCUUCAACAAAAUGUUUUCUCACCUGAAAAGAGUCCCAACACAACCAUGCCAUAUCACUCUUGGGCAGUGUUUUUCAACCUUUUUUUGAGCCACUGCACACUUUUUUUCAUUUAAGAAAAUCCCAAAUCACGCCACCAGCAAAAAAUGUAGUAAAAAUGAAUUUCUGUAAACUAUAUUAACAAAAUGGAAUCGUGUAUGGAAGAGGAAUCAAACACAAGAACAACAUUUUCUAAUAUUUUUACUCACGCAGUGUGACACAUGGGCUUGUGUAUUAGAAUAAGUAUCACUGCAUCCCUGUUAAAAGUAAAUCACGCUACAGUAUGUUCAGUUCCUUACAUUCUAGCGUAUAUCCCAAAGUAAGAUAGCUUUUGCUUAUUGCCUUAAACCAGAGACUCUCCGAUAGGAAAUGGUCUUUGCUUCCAUUUGACCACCAUUUAAUGAAUUAGUGCUGCAAGGAUUAAUCGAUUAACUCAAGUAUUCGAUUAGAAAAAAAAUUUGAAUUAGAUUUUAUUGCCUUGAGUAUUAGUCUAAUUAAAGUGGUUAGAGCUGUCCCGACUAGUCGACAUAGUCGACGUCAUCGAUGACGUAAAUCCGUCGACGAGCACAACAUCCCGUCGACGGUUAAUGAAGGGUUAAAAAAAUAUAUGCGUGGAAAGUUAGAAUGUCGGAUGCUCUGUUUGCAAGCGGGGAAAGCGGCACAAAGCCAAAAAAAGCGCACCAGUGUCCAAAACAUUGACUUAUUUCAAAGAAACAAAGGAGAGUACACUCUUCUGUCCUGUCUCUUCAAUGCCAAACUUGGCUGCACGUCGGCCGUGAAUAAACACCUCAAGCGCCUUCACCCAGUUUGUAAUUUUGUUUUUUUCAUUUUUUGUACACCAGAGGGUGCUGUCGCCUUACUAAAUAAUAAUGUUUCAUUGACAAUGGGCCUAUAAGUGCUAUUAGUAUUGUUCUUAAUGCUAAUUGAAAGGUUUAUUUCAUGUUAUGGUUUAUUUUAUGGUAUAGAAAAUUAUAUAAGGUUAAAAGGUCAUAAAUAUAUACAGUAUAUACAGUGAUUGCACUCAAGGGAGAGAUUGUCAAUGUUAAGGUAAUAAAUUAAGGUAAAGGCAAUUCAUAUAGGCAAUUCAUUGAGAUAUAAAUAAAGUUUCAAAGGAAAAAGGUAAAAUGUUUUUGUUAAUUUCUAAUUGUGUUGCUUUAUUUGUGUGCACCGUAGUGGUUACGGUGUGUUUACAUCAAGGAUGGAAUAAAAGUUGUAACCAUCA